AUGAACAAGGAAGAGUUACUGGGGUUCCUACUGGACGACAGUAUCGGCAGCCAGAAAAAAUGCGUUGCAGACGAGCAGGUCUACUCCAAUUGGCUGAAGAACGGUGACGACGAUCACUGUGCAUCUUAUGCAAGGAAUUCACAAGCUGCCGCAGUUGCUCCGCGUGAGAAGAAGGAGAAGCAGAUAGAAUCUAGACAAGAGGAUGUGGAUGAGCUGUUGAACGGCUUGGAAGGCAUUUUUGGAAACGCGGAGACCCUUGAUUUGGAGGUUAAGCCAAAGGGCAAAACUAGAAGGGCCAGGUCAAAAUCCGGGAAGGGGAGCAUACAGAUGGAAGAGCAGCUGGUAACGCUCGAGGCUGAGGAUGUUAUCGAUAGCGGCACCCAGGAUGUCAACGGGGCAGGCUCAUCUCCAGAUCUGGACCGGUCGAAGAAGAAAGAGAAACGGAGGAAAAACACCAAGGAGUUGUCCUACGAUGAAUUAAAGGACAAGCUAGAGAUCACCACCCGCAAGUCGCGCCUUGAUUGCAAGGAUAUGAGGAAGAAAAUUCAUUCUUUGGAGAAAAGGAACAUGCAGCUUGAACAACGCCUGGAAGAGCUGGCGAUCGAGAACCAUACUUUGAUACAGAUUAACAACAGCCUUUCGAAAAAUACGAACGUGGACGAAGAGGCCACAAAGGCCCAAAAGGGCAAGGAAAAGGACAGGAAAAGAAGAGAAAGAAGAACAACAAGAAGGAAGGAGGAAAGGAAGCAAGAGAAAACCAAAUCACCGGCGUUUAUCCCUUCAUCAACAGAUACGAAUGGAGAGCCUAUAGAAUUUUGA